CAAACUGUUGGGUAACGCGAGCUUCUAGACAAACAAAGCUCUUAGCCCCGCUUGUAUAGCUCCAACCGAUCUGUGUACACAGGGAGAAUUAAUACCUGCUUAUGGAUAUCGCUGUCGUCUUAUCCCAGAUACAACAAUAAUUCUGUAGAAUGCCCUCGCGUCGUGACUAACUGACCAGCCGUGACACAGACCAAGGAUGUUUACUAAACAGGACGUCGGCUAAAUGGAGCCUCCUUCGACGUUGGUGUAGUCGUGGGAAGGCUAGAAGACGAAGGCGGAUGAAUGAAGGAACGAUGGAUGGACCAUCGGAGGGGUGCAAUUUAACCCCGUGUUAUUCCUGGAUAUGUUUGUGUUUCCUUGUCUGAGAGUGAGACGAAGUGCGUUGCUGGUCAUUAUGAGUCUUGGAGGGUUCCUGAUAGUCUGUGCUUACCUCCUCGCCCUGUCUGUCCUCUACGUGGUGCCUCUGUCCGACUCGCUCGUCGUCAGCGAGAGAUCCUCUUCCUCCGACCUCUCCGCCCUGGGGGACAAACUUCAAGACGAGGAAUUUAGUGACAAAACUCAGGAUUUACCUUCAAUGCUUGUCUCAAGACAUAACAGAGUACUUCAAAAUUCACAUGCUCAAGAAAUAUUGGAGCGAGGCGGGAAGGUUAUUAGCGGGAGGAACAAGCCAGGCUUAAGAGGGAAUACAGAAAACAACUUUGUGAGCAAACGAUCCAAGAUGGAUAAUCGGUUGACAAAUACCGCGAGUACGAUUUAUCUGGACGAGGAGUGGAGUGAUUCUGGGAGAGGGGAGGAGGAGGAGGAGGAAUAUGAGGUGUUCCAGGAGGGGAGUCAGGUCAAGAAAAAGGACAGCACAGAAUCAACAGGACUCGCAAGGGUACAAGAAAAUGCCACAAAGAAAUUACCCGAGGCACUAAUUAUUGGCGUGAAGAAAGGAGGAACAAGAGCCUUAUUGGAGUUCCUUAGGAUCCACCCUGAUGUUCGUGCUCCUGGACCCGAACCCCACUUCUUUGAUAGACACUACAAUAAGGGACUUCAGUGGUACAGGCGACAGAUGCCGACUACACUUCCGGGCCAGGUGACCAUGGAGAAGACCCCGAGCUACUUCGUCACCCGGGAAGUUCCGAAGAAGGUCUUCAACAUGUCCAAGAACGUGAAACUGAUUGUAGUGGUUAGGGACCCGGUGACUCGUGCAAUAUCCGACUACACCCAGUCCUUCACAAAAAGGCCUUAUUUAAAACCUUUUGAACAAAUGGCGUUCAUAGACAACACAACCCGCCUUGUAGACACCAAGUGGGGCGCUGUGAGAAUUGGCGUCUAUGCCAAACAUGUGGAACGUUGGUUGAGGUAUUUCCCUUUGGAACAAAUGCAUUUCGUCAGCGGUGAAAACCUGAUAUCUGACCCCGCAGGAGAGAUGGCUAAAGUUCAGGAUUUCCUUGGCCUAAAACGGAUAAUUACUGACAAGCAUUUCUACCUCAACCAGACCCGGGGAUUUCCAUGUCUGAAAAAGCCCGAAGGAAGUGGAAGGCCACACUGCUUAGGUAAAACUAAGGGCCGUCGUCACCCUCACGUCGACCCAGAUGUCGUGAAAAGACUGCGAGACUUUUACCGUCCUUUUAAUCUGAAGUUUUAUCAGAUGGUGAAACAGGACUUCGGCUGGACGUGACACAUGUGGAAUGGUUAUGCGUCUAGUUAUUGACCGCUGUCACGUCCUGUCGUCAUGAUGUGUCAUAAGGAACGCUGUGUUGUGUUGACGAUGGUGUCGUAUGUUGACAAGGUUGGAGCAUGUGUUGACCGUGGGGAGGUCCAACACAGGGCAUACGCAACAGGGAUCUGGUCUGGAUGGCGCCUGUCUCUAUCAGUAGCCAGGUAGGGAUGUGUGCUUAGGCCCUCCGCAAAUUGAAACAAUGAGACAAACUGCGAGUUGUCUCACGACUGUGCAAGCCAUGGAAAUAGAUUUCACACCAAGUCUACUGGCAAAUGCAAACAAGAGUUUCUAUGAAGACACUUACAGCGAAGGGCAAAUAUGUUUGAUGUUUGCCACCAUCACACUUUUCUCAUGUCGGUGACACCAUCAAGUGUGAUCGGCUACAACGAUACCUGGCAGGCCUCAACCCAAUUCCGAACCUUAGAACUCAGAGAAACAGAAAUAUGUCCAAUUAUUCAAUACAAAAUGUAGGGACCUUCUGAAAAGGCAGUUGUUUAUAUAUGAUAUACGGUCUUUGAUUAUUUUGCAUGGGGUUUAAAAUGAAUUUAAUUUGUUUUGAGAACAACAUUUUGACAAAGGCAGUACAUAGCUGGUAUGAUAAUUAAAAUAUGUAUUUUAUUGUGUAAACUGUAUAAACAAACAAUGGAUGUACGGUGUUACCGGGUACCUUUGAAAUAACCAUAAAGCGGUUCUUACGAACGUGUGAGAUGUAGACUUUUUAAGUUAAGACCCCGAAGGACCUUACUUUAGAGAAAACAGAUCAACCAGUAUGUGCAUAUAUUAAGUAGACACAUAUCUGCAGUUGGUGUCGUCAUCGCUUUGCCACCCGCUGGACCCGUGACCUCGUCAUCUACAAGCGAAUUCAACCCUAUCGUCGGGCUCACAAAAGAAAAGGGACCAAAAACAUGUCUUCAUCGUUUGUGUUUUGCUUUUCUAUCAAUAACGUUUUCAUGACGAGGUGGUAUUCUACAUUAUGCAGAGGAACAUAAAACCAAUGGAAAGCACAUAUGUGUCUCCUAACACAUGUGGACAAUUGGAGGCAUUAUCGUUUACGUGACGAUUAAACCAACAAUGUCGCCGUUUGACGUGUGACGUUUUGUUCUUGUUGCCAUAGUGACAUACCGGAAGCAGUGACCUUGCUGACUCACUAUGACCCUUCUUCCACAAAAUGCUUCGACAAAAUACACACGGUAUGGACACGUCGAUGUCAGCAAACCAUCUACGCAAGGUUCUGCUAUCUCAACUCGAGUAAGGCUUUAAAGACACAAGCUUACCUUACACGGGUCAAACAUUUUGUUUUACAAUUGGUCUUGUCAGAUGACGCCGUAUCUUGCCAGUACAAAUAGUCAUUAUUCUAACUUCCACGCUUACUGAACUUUGUCCAAUUUCAUUGGGUAAUGGGAUAUCACGUGAUAAGGUGGUGGGUCACGUGACAUCGUCAUUUCGACAUGACACCGUUAUGUAGCUACGACCACACUUUGUCGCUUGACAACUCUGGUGCUAUCAUUUGUAUUUAUUUAUUAUUAAGUGUAUAUACAUUGUGAAGCGGUUUCAAUGAAAUCAAAGUAAACAUUCACUGCUUGUACAGAAAUAACAAUGGGUAUUUUGACUGUUGGAAGUGUUUCUACCUUUUGCAUUGUUCAUAGUUAAUUAGGGGCUUCAGCUACCGACUCCAUUUAGACAUGAAAUCCAUUAAUAGGCAUGGUGUUCCAAGGAGAUGAAUAACAGAAAAUAGAUGAAAGGACCUGUACACUGGUUAGUACAUGUUUAUAAUCUAGAACUUAUGUAGCUUAUACCACGUGAUACCGACUGACCAGUGGGAGAUGCAUGUUGCUAUUGUUCUUGUUAUGAGGAAAUAAAUCACUUAUUUUCGACAGAA